GAACGAGGCGGACUUGUCGUCGGUUGUAAAACACUGCAAAAUGGCGGAAAAUCAGAGGAAACGUAAAUUGUCUGCCACAAAUUCACAAACAAGACAAGUCCUGCGGUUAAACAGUCCAUCGUUUGAAGAGGAGUUCAAUGCCCUCAUGCUAGCUUCAGACCAAUCAGACAGCGAAGGUGAUUGCGAUGACUUUUUGAUUUCCGAAAAUGAUUUUUUACAAAAUCAUGAUAGUGAUCAAGACGAAUAUUCCCAGGAGAGUCGGACCAUUCGAGAAGACAGUAAUGAGGAAGGUCAAAUCACUUGUGAAGAAGUUAGCAGCGACAGUUCUGAAGACGAAGACAUACCUCUUUCAGAAUUACGAAUAUAGGUUGCCGAUAGAGGUGAUUUUUUGAAGUCAUUAGCCCGUUCGCUAGUGAUACCACAUAUGCAAAGACGUGUCAUCAGCAGUCAAUUACCAAGGGAGUUACGACUAGUGAUAAAGCGAGUUCUGGGGGAUGAUAUGAUCGAAGAAGGUGACCAAAGUCAUGAGCCAAGUCAGGGUAAACGAAGAGCAUGUAGGGUUUGUCCACCUAAACUACACAGAAUGACAAUUUACACGUGUGUCGGGUGUUCUAAUCCCGUUUGCUUGCAAUGUUCUCGCCCCCUGUGCAAAAAUUGCCAGUGAUUUAUAUAAAGUUGAGCGGUUGUCAAAUUUUUUAUAUUUUUGUUUUCAGAAGUGCUGUUUUGUUCUUUCGUUUCUUUAUUGAUUAGAUUUUAAGUAAAAAAUGUU